AUGAUAGAGCGACUACACCAAACGUUAAAAAACGCGCUCACGGCGUCGGGUUCAGUUCACUGGAGCACCAAAUUACCGCUGGUACUUCUCGCUUUACGUAGCACCGUCAAAACAGACAUCGGUCUACCUCCAGCCGAAAUGGUGUAUGGUACCACACUACGGCUACCCGGCGAGUUGUUCCACCCCGCCCCCACAAGGGAACGUCCACCCGAGCUCAUCGCAGCACUACAUAACGCCAUGGCACAGUUACGCCCCACACCCGGUACCGAUCACAACACUAAACCGCCCAUCUUUGUCCCUGGGGAACUAUCCAACGUCAGCCAUGUGUUUCUACGGAUUGACGCAACCAGACCACCACUCCAACCUCGUUACGAGGGUCCAUAUGCACUCCUCGAACGACGAGAAAAAACCUUCAAGCUUCAGUGCAGCAAUCGACAGGUUUGGGUGUCCGUCGACAGACUAAAACCAGCGGACCAUCCGUACGCCACCAACAGCGUCAACGCCGUCAAAAAAGCGAAACAAACCAACUAG